CGUUCCGAGGGUGAAAGAGACUGUUGGGAUGAGUCGGCGCUUGCAGUGUGCUUGUCACGAAUCAGAGCGCUUCCUGUGUGGAAACGAAUACUGUCACUUGUUGACAUUGAUGCUUUUGCUUGUGUGCAAUUUUGUCUAUGGUUUGAGCCCAUGCAUGCUUGCAAUUUUGGUUGCUUUCAGUGUCAGUUUGUAUCGCGCAAAACACUGCAAUCGCAAAGCAUAUCUCAUCCCUUGUCGUCGGGUGGGAAGAACCAGAGUACCCAUGGUGCGGAAACGAAGAUGUCGAAACAGGAAGUCCUUGAAGACUACCAGCUUUGUGGCAUGUUGCAACCUUUGUUUUUCGAUAUUUUUUGAGCGUGGUAACAUCAGAACCUUCCUGAGCUCAGUGUUUACUCAUAGUCUUACUUCAAUGCAACUGAUGUUGGAACAUCGCAUUUUCUUGGUGGUUCACCUCUCCAUGUUUUGUCUCUUCACUUUCUGUGUUUGGCAUAUCUCGAAGCAUAUGAGAAAUCGACUCAUGCACGCCUUGUGUGGAAAUGGAAAGAAUCAAGGCCGUGGACAGAAUGCAGGGCGACAGAAUUUCAAAGGAAAAGGUCGUGGCAAGCACGCACAAGAACCUUCUCAACCAUCGAAUCCUUUGACAACUCUCCAAGUGGAACAACAGAUUCUUCAAGAUGCGGCUGAAAGACAAUAUAAAGCAAAGGUCCGCGAAGCCCUUCCGGAAGCAGCUUGGAUCAAAAAUGCCGCAGUCCUGGUACCAGGUGAGUGGACGGCGCGUGCAUGCCAUCCUCAUGAGUUGACGGCAGCCGGAGGUGUCAGCUAUGUUGGAAAGGAAUUGGUUCCUGAUGUUUUACGUCGCAUAGGGUAUACACAAGCACCAUGCGCCAUAGUCACCACGCAGCCGGCAAAGGAGUUGGGGAUUCCCUAUCCCAGUGUCGAUGUCAGAUGCUCUUUAGAAGUCUCAAAUCAAGAAGGAUCCAGGGAAAUCGUUGAAGUCAACAAGUUUUUAACACAGAUAGGAUACGGAAGUCCCGUAGAGUUGGCCACAACAGGACCUUGCAUCGUAGCUCCGAGAACCAUGCACAAAUGUGUUGCCAGAUUCGAUCUUCCAACAGGACUCCCAGAAGGUGAACUCACUGGAAGAAUCGUUGCUGAAGCCGUCAGCAAGCAUAUCAAUCCAGCAUAUUUCGUUGAUGUGAAUGCCAGACAGGACAAUACGGCUACGUUGAUGGUCCAAGAUGUAGCCGUACAUGAUUUGCUCAGAGCGAGCGGGCAGGAUCAUGUUUACUUUCGUUUGCAUUCAACUGACCCAGAUGCUGAUACGCUUGAGAUCAUUUGGCUUCCUGAACAAAUCCCGCACAGUGAUGCUUUGCAACUCGUGGCAAAAGAAAAGACUUUUGGACUGGCUCUCAAACGGGGUGCCAAUGGUCCCCGAUAUGGUCUCCGUUUCAAUACAACUGAAGCUAUGAACGCAUAUGCAGUCAAAUACAGCAAGGGUGAGAAGCACAAAUGGGGUCGUUUCCGAGCCAGCAACAUCCCGUCCUCCGUUGGAUUGCGGGGACUACAUGAUAUGCUAUCACCCCUAGGAUGGACAAUUGAAGAGAUCGAAUUUUUCGGAGACACAGGAGCCGUGUUUUUGGCCAGUGGAAGAGGUGAACACGAUCAAAUGCACUUUGUCGAUCACAACAAGAGGAAGAUUCCGGUCAUGAUCAAAGCACUGAAUUCACGUGCCAGAGAUAUGACCAAAGAUCAUGCCCAAGCCGCUGCAGCCAAGGCCAAAACAGCCCCCAAACCUGCCGCAUCUGCAUCCGGGAAUGAGCGAGCUCAAGUUCAAAAAGCUCUAUUUACCAAAAGAUCAGAUCCUGGCAAGACUGGAGAGACACCACCCCCGAAGCAAGCCAAACCGGGGGAGCUUUCAGAAUCAGAAUAUCUUCAGGAAAUCACGUCCUUUGGUCAGUGGCACAAUGCUGCACAGAACGAUCGCACACCCACGUGCUUAAUUGGUCGGGCUUAUGCAGAUGACAUCAGCGGUGAAUGUUCAGCCGAAGAUCCAGCGGAACUCUUGCAACAGACCAAAAAUUUCCAUGACAUUGUUACAUCAUAUCAGCAGUGUGGACUUGGAGAUAUCAGCAUGAAGAAAACUUUCACCUUCGGUGACCAAUCACUGCGACAAGCCGUCGUUGCAGAUGGCACGGGCCAUCCAGGUCUACAGCUCACACCAGAGGAAGCAUGGAUGAAACUUGCAGUGCUGCGAAGAAUGCUAGCGGGCGGUUUGCUCACGCAAUCAAGAACAGUCAACAUUGCGUUCGCAGUUGUGGCGGCAACCAGACUGGAUUUAGUUGCUGACAUUGGUGUUCUUCAGAGCUACGUCACAAAGUCCAAGGUCAAGCAUCUCAAAGCAGCCAAUUUGGUUGUGCAGAAGGCCAAGGAUCCCAAGUUCAGAGAUUUGGGUUUGGUCUAUCAAAAGUUCAGGCCGGACUCAAAGUGGCGUUUGGCUUGUGUUCAUGGUGCCAGUGCGCCAUCCAAACUGCGCGACUAUGCACAGGAAGGAGCUUUGGUUUUGCUGAUUGAAGAUAGACUUCCAGAGACGGCAGACUAUGACAUUGAUGGUGAAAAGAUUCUGAAGAGACCUUUGGUGGCCGUGCUCAUGUUCUUUGGAGUCAAGGCUCCAAAUCAAAGCGGAUAUCGUAUUCGACGUCACAUGGUGAGAAAACACAUCAUCUGUGGCAGGCGACUUCCAAAACUGGAGAUUGACGAUGAGACGAACUUAGAGUAUGAAGAUACGCAGAUCACUCAAGCGCUGCUUCUGGCCUCGCAUUGCUUGCCCUGGCAGCCCACGCGCAACGCCGCAAGCUGCGAGACGCGGCGCUUGCUGCGGCCGGUGGCGGGGCUGAAGGAGGGUGUACAGCUGCCAAAAGGAGUGGAGGAGGAACUUCGUGAAAGCAUCGACAGGAAGGCGUGGCUCCCUACCGCGGGAGCUACUGCUGAGCCGCGAAGAUGGUGGGGAUCUGCCACCCCAGCAGCGGUGGAUCUUCGAAAAAACGCUGCAGCAUCACACGGCCGACGCCUGGAUGCAGAGGGUGGAAGCCUUGGACAAGGCGGAAGGUUGUUCCAUCUGCUUGGAGGACAUGGCUGUGGCUUCGGAGGCCGUGAGGCAGCUUCUUGUGACCUUCUGGGUGCGAUCAAUUUUCAAGUAGAGUUCCUCCCCAUUUUUGAACUGGGGCCGGCGUAA